CCCAAUGCAAUGUUAUAGAGUCGACUUUUGAAACUCGCGAUGUUCGAAAUGUUAAAAGGAUUAAUUCUAGGACUGGUUUUUGGCCCCAUAUUAUUACAGGGCGUAAGUGCUGGAUGUGUGUUGAACUUAGAUUCGCCUCGUCCGCAAGUUGUGAACAAUUUUGGCUCAAAAUAUUUGGUGACAGAAUCAAAACCGAUUUUACAACGAGAAGCCGGUGAAAGUGUAUACCUAUUUUGUUCAAAUGGUUUCAACUUACAUCAAAACUACCAUGGAUCACAAACCUUCAACAACCACCAAAUCAAAUUAACCUGUAAUUACGACGAUUCGUGGAAUUUUUUAAAUACAGAAAUUAAUUCAAAUCAAGGAUUACCUAAUAUAAAUUGUUUGGGAAACCAAGUAUCUGAAAUGUAUGAGAGUCGUUCGCCUAUGAAAGAUUGCGCCAAACACAUGAGUCUCGUUGUUGGCCAGAGCUUUGGGGAUCUUGGCUCAGUGAAAAGCGUUGCCAUGUGCUACGAUAUCAUUCAGCAGCAGCUCAAGUAUGUUAGCUACACGGCGUAUCCUUCCAAACUCAAGGUCAUCGAACAGACUCAGGUUGGCCAGUUAAAUCGAUUGGGUCUGGACAUCUACGUAGCCUAUACCAGGAGCCUAUUCCGGGAAGUCAGUGCGUUGGAUAUAGCCGAGAAAUUCAGAAAGGACACGCAAUUGAAUAUGUUGUUUGGAGCUGAAACCUACGAGUAUACCGGACUAAUACAGGACGAGGCCUUCGCCUCUGAUCUAUUGAAUUUCAAGGAGAUGCUCGGCAUUGUGUGGCUGCGAGGGCUUCGCACUGGCAACUGGCGUCAUUUGUUAAAUGCGAUGCAUAUGGCCAGCCUGGCCGCCAAGUACGAUGUUAACGUCGGUGUCUCCGGGAUCGUUACUCUGCCAACGCUACAGUCCUGCAACGAGACGCGACGCCUCACCAUCGAGCUGGACUCGGGCGACACUCUGCCGGUGCCCGCUCACAUAUGGGCACAUAUACGAGCGGUGGAGCCAACAGUAAAUGGAACGGACGAGUUCGUUGUGAUUGCCCACAAUUCGCCUUUUUUCACCAGCAGUGACAGAGAUGGUUUGUGCAGGAGCAUGUGCGAGGAGGUAGACUGGCUGAAAAACAGUAUGUUUUUCAAAUUACGACACUAUCCUGCUUAUGGGCUCGUCCAGUGCUGCCACGUUUUGGAUGUGGAAAACAAAUUGGACAACUUCCCAAAGAAUAUUGUACAGUCAACGUUCAUCGAACCUGUACAGAUUAGCGAAGAACCAAUUGAAGAAUCAAUUGCAAUCCCUGUGUAUAACUCAUUCGAAGAAUAAUUGGACAUACUUUUAUAAAAUCACUAACAUAUUUAGGACCUUUCUAUUUACUCUAUGAUCAAUUUCUCCAUUAAUUUUUUAAAAUUAAAUUUCAAUUAAAGCAAAUUAAGCAAAUUGGAUUGCCUUGAUUGUAACUUUACUUGAGGUCUAUUCCAAUUCAAGCUCACAGUACUGCUUAAUGUAUAAUACUUUAAAUCCAAAUCCAAAUGUAUAAUACUCUAAAUCCAAAAUGGAGCACUUGCUGUUUUUUUCUGCCAGAUAUUUUAUGGAGCAAUGAUGGUGACCCUUAAAGUAUGUAGCUUAAUGAAAUAUUGACCGGAAUAAAAAACAUAAUGUUUGAUUUCUUGACCGCACUGAUCUGUCAACAAAACUA